GUUGAGUAAAAGUGUGAGUGCAAAAUGUGGUUUCCUGGAGCACUGAUUGUAUUUUUGUUGUCUUUCUCUGACGGCAAAAUUCUCUCUGAGAAAGAACUUAAAGUCAUUAAUGGCAAUGAUGCGAAAGAGGGACAAUUUCCCUGGCACGUCUUAAUAAUAACUGAUACAACAAAAAAUAAUAUUAUUUUGUGUAGUGGUGCUAUUAUCAGUCGUGAUUGGGUUCUCACUUCUGCUUCUUGUAUAAAUCAAGCUGACGAUGUGAGUGUUGCUUCUGGAUAUACUGAUUUCAGUGUUUUGCCAGAAAUUAUGGCAAUAGGGGCUCAAAGAAUCAUCAUUCAUGAAGAUUUUAAGAAUGAUACUCUUCAAAAUGAUAUCGGAUUGCUGAAACUCGAGUCAUCUUUAAGUUUUGAUGAAACCACUCAAGCAAUAUCUUUGAGUAAAGACGUUGUGGAGGACGGAAUUAUGGCUACAAUUGCUGGUUGGGGACACUCCAAUAAAGACUCACCAACGAUUGAUAACAUAACUCCGGUUCUACAAUUUGCGAAAGUUCCUACUAUCACGAAUUCAGAAUGUGCAAAAAUUUAUGGUACUGAUGUUGUAACUUCAACUGUGAUUUGUACAUUCAAUCCAAAUGUUGUAAGAGGCCCUUGUAUUAACGACGGUGGAGCCCCCUUAAUUAAGAAUGCCGCCACUGACCCACAACAUGUCGGUAUCUUCAGUUUUAUGGGAGAAAACGGGUGUGAAAAAAAUUAUCCUGCAGGAUAUACAAGAACUGCACCCUAUGUAGAUUGGAUUAAAAAUAAAACUGGAAUUUAAGUUAUUAUCACUUGCAAAUAAAAUUUUUUAUUGAAA